GGGCUCCUCCAGCGUCGGAGAGCCGGAAUAUGGUCACGACCCGGCGAGCGGAGGGAUUUUCUCAUCCGACUACAAAAGACAUGACGACUUGAAGGAGAUGCUGGACAGCAACAAAGACUCCCUGAAGCUGGAGGCGAUGAAGCGGAUCGUGGCUAUGAUCGCCCGAGGAAAAAAUGCAUCAGAUCUCUUCCCUGCUGUGGUGAAAAACGUGGCCUGUAAAAACAUUGAGGUGAAGAAGCUGGUCUAUGUUUACUUGGUGCGUUAUGCUGAAGAGCAGCAGGAUCUCGCUCUGCUCUCCAUUUCCACCUUUCAGCGAGGGUUGAAGGAUCCGAACCAGCUGAUCAGAGCCAGCGCCCUGCGAGUCCUCUCCAGCAUCCGAGUCACGAUCAUCGUCCCCAUAAUGAUGCUGGCCAUCAAAGAAGCCGCCUCUGAUAUGUCUCCAUACGUCAGGAAGACGGCUGCUCACGCAAUUCCUAAACUCUACAGUUUGGAUCCAGAACAGAAGGACCAGCUUAUUGAAGUCAUAGAGAAACUCCUCGCUGACAAAACCACGUUGGUGGCAGGAAGCGUUGUCAUGGCUUUCGAGGAGGUUUGUCCGGAGCGCAUUGACCUGAUCCACAAGAACUACAGGAAGUUGUGUAACCUCCUCAUCGACGUGGAGGAGUGGGGGCAGGUGGUCAUCAUCAACAUGCUGACCCGCUACGCCAGGACCCAGUUCCUCAACCCAAACAUGAACGUGAGUAAGAAUACAGAAUCAGAGGGAAGCGAUAAGACCUUCUAUGGCUCAGAUGACGAUGAGGACGAAGAGGAAGACGAGAAAGAAAAGAAGGCAGAGGCUCCCAUGGCCAAGAGGAAGCCGUACGUGAUGGAUCCAGACCAUCGGCUGCUGCUGAGAAACACCAAGCCGCUGCUGCAGAGCCGCAACGCAGCUGUGGUGAUGGCGGUGGCUCAGCUGUAUUUCCAUCUUGCACCUAAAGUGGAGGUUGGGGUGAUCGCCAAGGCCCUGGUUCGUCUCCUGAGGAGCCACAGUGAAGUCCAGUAUGUCGUCCUUCAGAACGUGGCAACCAUGUCGAUUAAGAGAAGGGGAAUGUUUGAACCGUACCUGAAGAGUUUCUACAUCCGGUCUACGGACCCAACACAGAUCAAAGUCCUAAAGCUGGAGGUUCUCACCAAUUUGGCCAAUGAGACGAACAUUUCCACCAUUCUCAGAGAGUUUCAGACUUACAUUAAGAGCAUGGAUAAAGACUUUGUGGCUGCCACGAUUCAAGCCAUCGGCCGCUGUGCUACAAACAUCGGGGAGGUGAGGGACACGUGUCUGAACGGCCUGGUGCAGCUGCUGUCCAACCGAGACGAGUUGGUCGUAGCCGAGUCCGUGGUGGUUAUUAAGAAGCUGCUUCAGAUGCAACCUGAGAAGCACAGCGACAUCAUAAAGCACAUGGCCAAACUAACAGACAACAUCCAGGUGCCGAUGGCGCGGGCCAGCAUCCUGUGGCUGAUUGGAGAAUACUGUGAGCAUGUCCCUAAGAUUGCCCCGGAUGUCCUGAGGAAGAUGGCCAAGUCGUUCACUAACGAAGAGGACAUCGUCAAGCUACAAAUCAUCAAUUUGGCCGCCAAGCUCUAUCUCACCAACUCCAAACAGACCAAACUGUUGACACAGUACGUUCUCAACUUGGCCAAGUACGACCAGAACUAUGACAUCCGUGAUCGGGCUCGCUUCAUUCGUCAGCUCAUCGUUCCCACUGAGAAGAGCGGAGCCCUGAGCAAGUACGCUAAGAAACUGUUCCUCGCCCUCAAACCUGCACCGGUCCUCGAGUCUCCUUUUAAAGAUCGAGACCACUUCCAGUUGGGUUCAUUGUCCCACUUGUUGAAUGCCAAGGCUGGCGGCUACCAGGAGUUGCCCGACUGGCCUGAAGCCGCCCCAGAUCCCUCCGUGCGCAACGUGGAGGUGAAGGAUUCUGUGCGUGCAGUGGGAACAGUAACUUACAGAGACACAGGGGGCCCUUUAGGGUCUCCAGGGGCCCCCAGAAAGGUGGAGGGGAGCGUGUGUUGCUCCCGCCCCAAAGCAGUGCCUCAGAGGGGCUGA